GCAUUAGAAGCUGAAAGCCGGUUCCUGUAGAACACGCGUCAUAUCGAGCGAAAAAAAUGUAUAUAGACCACAUAUUUGGUAAACCAACCACUGUUGCAAAAAUAUGUUUUGUCAAGAAAUGAGCAAUGCACAAUAUUUCGGACCACAAACAUCAAUAUUCAUUCAUCAGCACGUGGACCCCCACUAGCUUGUUUAUCCUAUCAACCAAUCCCAUCCGAGCUGCCAAAGCCACGUGACGGCAUGUGUAAAAUAAUACUACACAGCAGUUGAGAGAGAAGGUAUACCAUCGGCUGAGAUCCUAUGGGUGAAAGGGCUCGCGGAACGCACGCUGAUGCGGCCUGUAUGUCGGGACAACUCGACGCAGCUCGAUGGCGGUGAUAUGAACUUUGGAUAUUUAGGAGUCGCAAGAUCUAGAAGACGCUUGAUCUUUCUCAUCAUGCUUACUGGCAGUUUGGGCGCAUCGUUGUACGCGCUUGUUACGGUAUCAAUGUGCUGUUCCUUAGUUCAGCCUGCACCGCCAGUAGAGACAAGGCAUUUGUCUAGGGACAGUAAUACGAAAUAUGAUCAAAAUGCCGUCCUAGAUCACAGGUUAAGCAAUUCGCAAGAAAAAUAUGGAAACGACAAUUUACAGUCAGCGGUAUUCACGGGCGUGAAGCACAGGUUCUCAGCUCAAAAUAAGGAAGACAUAGUACACUACUAUCAUAGUGAAGACGAUGAGGAUUAUCGCGAAAAUCAAAACACGGACCCAAGUGGGAGAACGCUAAAAACGACGAAAAAUGCUACAAAGAAAUUACCUUCGGCUAUUAUCAUAGGGGUAAAAAAGGGAGGAACGCGGGCUCUGUUGGAGUUCCUGCGUCUCCAUCCAGACAUCAGGGCCCCAGGGCCCGAAACUCAUUUCUUCGACCGUAAUUACGAUCUUGGAUUAGAGUGGUACAGAAAGCAAAUGCCAGCAACACUUGAUGGACAAAUUACCAUGGAAAAGACUCCAAGUUAUUUCAUCACAAAAGAAGUUCCCAAAAGAAUUUACCAAACAGACAAGGAUAUGAAGCUUAUUUUAGUUGUGCGGGAUCCGGUAACUCGUGCAAUCUCAGACUACACACAAACUGCUUCUAAACACACAGUUCCAAGUUUCGAAAACUUUGCCAUACUGGAUAACAGAACUGGUGUGUUAGAUACAUCCUGGUCAGCCAUAAAGAUAGGAGUUUACGCAAAACAUCUGGAACGCUGGCUCAAAUAUUUCCCUCUUCAUCAAAUAUGCUUUGUAAGUGGAGAGAGACUUAUCACUGAUCCCGCCAAGGAGUUGGCAAAGGUGCAAGACUUUUUAGGGUUAAAGCGGGUAAUAUCUGACAAACAUUUUUAUUUCAAUACCACAAAAGGGUUCCCAUGCCUAAAGAAGCCAGAGGGCAGUGGGAAUCCAAGGUGCUUGGGAAAAACUAAAGGAAGAGUUCAUCCAGCAGUAGAUCCUCAAGUUUUGAAAAGGUUACAUAACUUUUACCGACCUUUUAAUGCUAAAUUUUACCAAAUGACACAGCAUGAUUUUGGAUGGCCUUAGAUUAGACAGAGGCAUUUUGUUGAUUUUCAUUUCAAAUUAUAAGAUUUAUAAGGUGAAGACAAUAUAACAUUUUGCUUAUCACCAUUUUUUUCUAUCCGAGGAUAUGUACAACACGACUGUAUGACAGCUGAUGUCAAAUCAUAGUGCAUCUUCCUAAACUCAGUGUGUGGAAAUUUUCCAUUAACUAGUCCUGCUGCAUGAGAGAAAAUGCUCAUUCUUCCAAGGAAGUGUUGCUCAUCGUGCAAACACACAACCCCAUAGAAAUGCUCAUGUUAUCAGAUCCAUCCUAGUGAGGGCUGAACAAUGCAAACUAGCAUUAAUGCCAAGCAAGUAAAGUCUACACUGAUUGAAGUCAAGUGAUGGGCUUCUUUAAUGUCUGAUUAAUCCUUUUCUCAGUUUGACAAUAUAUGCAAUGAUUCAUAAGCCAAAAUUGGCUUCAGUGUUGGAACAGCAGCACUUUGUGCAUACUGUAGUAUUCUGGGUUUAUUUACUUAUUUUUUCAUAUUUUAAAAUUGGUUUUUAUUUUAGUUCAUCUAUUUAUUUAUUAUCUUUUUUACCAUUAUUCAUUUUGGCAUGGUAGAGAAACAGCAAAAAACAUACAAUAAUUUUAACUUGUGUUUUCUCAGGGCAAUGGGUUUGCCCUCAACUACAAGUAUGGGUUUGAAGCUCAAGGUUCUUCUAUUAAUGAGGAUAGUGUCUGCCAUGUCCCUAGAGAAGAUUACUAAUAAACAAGAAGGAACCUCAUGAGCAGCAUAUAGUGUCUAGAAAUGAAGUACAUGGAUAUCUUAAGUAAAUCAAGGGAAUUUCUAUUUAGUGAUAAGAAUUUCCCUUGUUACCAUUUAUUACUGACACACAUCUGCUGCUAAGGUAAAACUGAUCUUGUAAAAUCAAGGGAGCAGUCAUUUCCUUGAAAAAAGUAUGGCUCAGAGAUAAAUAUGUUCCCAAGUGAAAAGAUGCCAAAUAUUUGGACAAUCUACCUCGUACUGAACACAUCAAGUGUCCCUGUACAACAGCCUGGUAAUGUAUCAAUGCUGGGGUUUAUAGACAGUUCAUAGAAGUAUUUUUCAGAUUUCCCUCAUUAUACACCUUAUUCUAUCACAACUAAUGGUACGCACAUGUAUUUCUGUUUAACCAAAAAAGCUGUUAUGUUUGGUGUUGCUGAAAUUUUACAAAUUAAUAGACUUUUUUAGAAAAAAAAUCUAAUGUGUACAGUAGCAACUGAAAUGUUUAAAUACACCCAGCUUUGUGUAGCACAUACCAUUCUGAAAACAUUAAAUAGCAUGUUUGACCAUAAAAGCUGUAGAGCCAUCUGUUAGGUGUUGCUGAAAUUUUACAAUUUAAUCAAUUUUUUAGAAAAAAAAAUCCCAUGCAUAGAGCAGAAAUUGAAAUGCUUAAUUACAACCUCCCUUGUGUGGAAGGUACCAUUCUCAAAACAUUAAAUUUAAGUACAUACUUAAAAUGCCUGUGUUUUACUUUCUGAUGAAAAUCUUUCUCUCAGCUGUUACCUCUCCAAUUAUAUUAUUAUGACUUCCGUCAACAUAAAAUCUGUUCCUGUAAUUGCUCAUUAGUAAUCCUGCGCUUGGAGCAAGCCAAUUUAGAAGCCUCUGUGACCAGAUAUUAUGGUCCUAUGCAAAAAUUAAACUGCAGUAUUAAAAUAGUUAUUAGAUCACUAAAAAUCCUGUAUCACCUUAUAUUUAUUUGUGACUCUUAGUACCAUUGUUGUUACUGAAUAAUUGGUUCAAUGUAUGAUCCAGUUUUACUUUAAUGUAUAUUACAUUAUGUUAAUUGUCAUGUACAGUGUAUCCCUUAUGAGGGUAUAUCUCCUUGCAUGUUGUAUAUAAUUAAAACUUGUAAAAGUAUUGUUGUGAAAGAAUAAGUGUUAUUAACACAGAAUACAAAAGUACAUUAACAGUAUAAGAAGUAGCAAUAUAUUUUUUCAAAAACACCCCUAUGUAUAUUGGUUCCCGUUGUAUCGAGAUAUUAGUGUUCUUGGAAUAAAUAUUUUGUGUUUAAAACUGCCAUUAUAAUGCCUUCUCACAUAUGAAUGUAUUUCAGUGCAUCAUGGUAAACAUUCUGUGCAUUUUAUCCCACUUCUAUGCCUUUUGGAGAAACAUUAUUUCAGGUACAAGUGAGAUGGAAAAUUAAUGAUUUACUGAA